UCUCGGGGAACCGACCGCAAGGCCACACAAGAUACGCACAAACCAAGCGAAGUGCAUCGAACACUGUCCACAGGGGAACCCAUUAGCCGCAUCUCUUCUGUAUAAGACGCCGAAGCAGCACCCUUCACUCGUUUCGUCCCCAGCAAAUCGAGCCUUGAAGGAGAAAGUGGUGUCAGAUCUAGCCCUAGAAACAUGGAGCAGCAGCUAUUGACGAGGCUGGACGCGGCGGUGGCGCGGCUGGAGGCCCUCGCAUCCGCCGGAUCCGCUCCCUCGGCCUCGUCGAUAGAUCUAACCGACGCGGCGCCCCUGGAUCCCGCUAUCUUCGCGUUCGACGAGAUGGUCGCCAACUCCCUCGGCCGGGUCUCCGCGGCCGCCGGCAAGAUCGGAGGGCAGGUCCUCGAUGCCACAAAGACUAUCGAGGAAGCGUUCACGGUGCUGAAGGAGCUCCUCAUCACUGCCAAACAACGCCAGAAGCCAGACGUUGCUGGUUUACCAGAGUUUUUGAAACCAUUGAAUGACGUGAUUCUCAAAGCAAAUUCCAUGGCAGAAGGAAAGCGAUCUGAAUAUUUUAACCAUUUGAAGGCAGCUUCUGAUAGUCUAACAGCUUUGGCUUGGAUAGCUUACAUGGGAAAAGAUUGUGGCAUGAGCAUGCCAAUAGCUCAUGUGGAAGAAAGUUGGCAGAUGGCAGAAUUCUACAAUAAUAAGAUUCUUGUGGAGUACAGAAAUAAGAAUCCGGACCAUGUAGAGUGGGCAAAAGCUUUAAAGGAGUUAUAUCUGCCAGGCCUACGGGACUAUGUGAAAAAUUUUUAUCCCUUGGGUCCUGCUUGGGGUACAGUUGCAGUUGUUUCUUCAUCAUCAUCCUCUUCUGCCAUCACCAAAGCUCCUGCUGCAAGGGCCCCUGCUCCGCCACCUCCACCCGCAACACCACUUUUUAGCCCAGAAACUACAUCAUCGCGUCCUAAAGAAGGAAUGUCUGCUGUCUUUGAAGAGAUUAGCUCUGGAAAAUCGACAACUGCAGGCCUGAGGAAAGUUACGGAUGACAUGAAGACCAAAAACCGGGCUGAUAGAACUGGUGUCAUAGCUGCAACAGAGAAAAGUCCUCGUGCCAAUUCAUUUUCAUUUUCUAGAGCACCCCCGAUGUUGGAGCUUCAGAUGGGUCGCAAAUGGGCGGUCGAAAAUCAGAUUGGAAAGAAGAAUUUGGUUAUAGAUGACUGUGACUCAAAGCAGUCUGUAUACAUAUUUGGGUGCAAGGAUUCUGUUUUACAAGUAAAAGGAAAAGUGAACAACAUAACUGUUGAUAAAUGCAACAAAAUGGGAAUUGUUUUUACAGAUGUUGUCGCAGCUUGUGAAGUUGUGAAUUGCAAUGGUGUUGAGGUGCAAUGUCAGGGUUCAGCACCAACUAUAUCUGUUGACAACACUUCUGGUUGCCAAUUAUAUCUAAGCAGUUCUUCAUUGGGGGCUUCUAUAACCACGGCUAAAUCAAGUGAAAUUAAUGUGCUAGUUCCUGGUGCUGGCCCUGACAGUGACUGGGUUGAGCAUUCACUGCCACAGCAGUUUGUCCACACCUUCAAAGAUGGCGAGAUGAGAACAUCACCAGUCUCUCACUCUGGAGCGUAGACAUGCUUGUUAACAAGCUUUUUCCUAUGCCCUUGUGGAGUAUUUUUUUAUCAUGUUGAGAAGACUGCCAAGAACAGAACAUUCUGCGUGUUUUUUUGUUGUAAGUUUCCAUUCAUCUCUGCAGUUCUGCAGUCCAAGCUUGUCCCUAUUAUGCUACUCUUUGUCAUGGUCACCGAUCGCAAUACUUGUCACCGGUUUCCUGCCUAACCCAAAUCUCAUCUUCAUCUGUUCUCACAGGACAGGUUUACUGUUAUGUGGUCAAACAGCGCAUUUUGUUGUGGUUAUGAUUAUAAUGAGUUUUAUGCUAUGAUGAAA